AUGAAGAAGUUCAAGGGAGCUCAGAAGAAGAAAGAGCAGGCGAAGAAGGAAGAGGUGGAGGCGGAAGAAGCGGAAGGGGAAGUUGUGAAGGAAGGUGAUGACAACUCUGGCAAGAGCAAGGCGGAGGCCGAGUUUCCCCUGUUUCAGAAGCACCCAUUCGGAUUCCAAGAUUACCUCACCAUGGCACCAACCCAAGUGGAGAACAAGAACAAGAAGAAGAAAGGGAAGGAGAAAGUGGAGGCCGAGGCGGAGAACAAGAAGGAGAAAGGGAAAGCGAAAGUGGAGGACGACGGAGAAAGUACGGAGGUUGACGAUGACGAGUCGGACAAGAGGACCAUUUCCAGCGAAGCAGCAGAAGAUUCUGAGGAAAACACCGAAUCCAGCGAAGCAGCAGAAGAUUCUGAGGAAAACACCGAAUCCAGCGAGCCGGCACCACCAACUCCUGCGAAUACACCGGCUUCCAGUGUAGGAGAAACCGCAGGGGAAAAGAAUUUUGAUUUCGAGGAUGUAAGAGCAGCACUUGCUGAGACUAUUCCGGGUUUCGUUGGACAACAAGCACAAGUAAACCCACUGAGAAUCAACUUCAAUGCAUCCAGUUCCGGUGAAGAAAGUGUAGCAGAAGCACCAAAGUUUAUGCCAAAUCCACCUUCUUGGAUAGAGGAUUCCGAUGAAGAAGGAUUUCAGGGUCAACAAGAAGCAGCAAAUCCCAAUGAACAAGAAACAGAUUCCAGUGACUCUGGUGAACCAGAAGUACAGUCCGCCGCACCACCGAAGGUGAUUAUUAUGACUCCAGCGGAUUGGAAAAGGGCUCUUUCUGAUCAAGCAAAGGCAGAAGAAGAAGAAGAAAAAGAAAAUCCGAAGGAAGUUCUUCCAGAGUUGAUUCAUAACACUAACGUUCAACAAGCAGAGCUUGAGGACCGGGCGGUUGGGCAUCCAUCUUUGAUUGGUGGCUCUAGCAAGAACCCCGAUCCUCCCGCUGCCGUGCAGAAACCUGAUUCGCAGCCGAGUGAAGGUGCCGCUGAGAAUGUGGAGCUGGGGAAGAGAAAGAUCGAUGAGAAGGGCAAGGGGAAACUGGAAGACAACCAAGAAGAUGGAGGAGAAGAAGUGAGCGAAGAAGAGGAAGCUGCAAGUCCGAGAUCGAAGAUACCGAAAAAAUCUCAAGAUGAGAGGCUGGCGAUUGGGGAUCCGUCUUUGCAAGCUCGCUCUAACAAGAACCCUGCUGUUCCUCCUGCCACCCCCGUGACAAAACCCGAUUUGAAGCCAAGUGAAAGCGCCACCGAGGGGAAAAGAAAGAUCGGAGAGAAGGGCAAGGGGAUCAAGGGGGAAGAAGAGAGCGAAGAAGAUGAAGCUGCAAGUCCGAAUUCGAAAAAAUUGAAAGGUCCAGAACCAGAAGAGUAG